AAAAAUAACAAUGCCUACAAGGCCAAUGGCUUAAGUUGCGUAACUUCCUCUUCCUGCCUGAAAGAUAAAGCAUACAGUUUCUUGCCUGAAUCUUAGGACAGAGCCAUGAACAGCAUUCUCAAUUUACACAGAAACACAACCAAAUCAUGGACCAAGAAAAAACCUUUAAUUCCUUACAGAUCUCCAGUCUUUAUUUUACUGAUCUCCAUCUUCACACUCUUCACUUUUCUGAUUCUCUUCACUUCCUACACUAAGUUCUCCAAUUCUGUUUCCCAUCAAACCUCAAAUCCCCAAUCGUCAUGCAGCAGAUUCCAAUCCUUAACCGGUGGAGAGAAGUUCCUGUGGUACGCACCGCACAGUGGGUUCAGCAACCAGCUAUCGGAGUUCAAGAAUGGGAUACUGAUGGCGGGGAUUUUGAAUAGAACGUUAAUUGUGCCUCCGGUUCUGGAUCACCAUGCUGUUGCUCUUGGCAGUUGCCCAAAAUUUAGGGUUUUGAAGCCUAAAGUGAUUAGGUACUCCGUCUGGGAUCAGGCGAUUGAGCUUCUCAAGACUGGGAGAUAUGUCUCUAUGGUUGACAUUGUUGACAUUUCAUCAUUAGUGCCUUCCUCCAUUCGAGCCAUAGAUUUCAGGAUAUUUGCAUCUUUGUGGUGCAGUGGGAAUAAGGAUUUUACUUGCAUGAGUGAUUUGAAUACACAGUCCUCUUUUUUUGAUAGCCUUAGGCAGUGCGGAUCUAGUUUAUCUGGGGUUAAUGGUAAUAUAGAUAAAUGUUUAUAUGCUGUAGAUGAAGAUUGCAAAACCACAGUUUGGACUUACAAGAAUGGUGAAGAGGAUGGGGCAUUAGAUUCAUUCCAACCCGAUGAGCAACUGAAGAAGAAAAAAAAUAUUUCAUACAUUAGGAGGCGCCGAGAUGUAUAUAUGGCACUUGGACCUGAUUCUAAAUCUGACUCUGCAGUUGUUUUGGCAUUUGGAAGCCUAUUCACUGCCCCAUACAAGGGUUCAGAGUUGUAUAUUGAUAUACAUGAGGUGCAGAGUGAUCAAAGGAUACAAUCUUUGAUUGAGAAAAGUAAAUUUCUUCCCUUUGUUCCUGAAAUCUUAAGUGCAGGGAAGAAGUUUGCUUUGGAGACUAUAAGGGCUCCUUUUCUUUGUGCCCAGCUCAGGUUGUUAGAUGGGCAGUUUAAGAAUCACCGGGAAGCCACUUUUCUGGGCUUGAAACAGAAGUUAGAAUCUCUGAAGCAGACGGCUCCGCAACCCAUUCAUAUUUUUGUAAUGACUGAUCUUCCUGAAGGCAAUUGGAUUGGAAGUUACUUGGGGGACCUGGCGAGGGACUCAGACAAUUUUAAAUUGUACUUUCUGAGAGAAGAAGACGAAUUGAUUGUACAAACAGCAAAGGAAAUUGCAGAUGCAGGGCAUGGUUUGAGGUUUAGAUCACCAUGGAAUAUUGAUGGACUGCACAAGAUGAGUUUGCAUUGUCCUUAUGAGAGAUUGCCUGAUGUGCUUUUAUAUCUAGAGGAAAGCAUUUGUGCUUGUGCUUCACUCGGUUUUGUUGGGACUCCUGGAUCAACUAUUGCUGAAAGUAUAGAGCUGAUGAGGAACUCCAGUGUAUGUGCAAAGUCGUAGCUCGACUCCAACAUGACAUGUGGCUAUUGUCAUAAGUUCCGUCACUGGACCUAUGCCUGAAGGUUCUUUUUCUCCUGUUAAGCAAGAUUGAUCAAUCUGAGCCUAAUGCUUCUGCACUUUGCAGCUAAACAUAGAGGUGCCGGAAGUCGUAUGCAUCCUUAUUCUAUCCUAGGAUCCUCGAUGGUUCAUUCAGCACACAAGACUUGAACUUUUUGGAAGACUUAACAGCUCUGUUUCUUGGAAAUAUCUUUUCCCUAUGCGACAUUCCAACUAAGGUAAGGUCAAGAACUAUUCUAUUUAGUUUCUACUUGUUUUCGGAAAAUAUUUUAUCUUUCUGAAUUUUUUGAUGUUUAGAUUACUUUGAAAAAUCGGCCAAGUUAUUUUCAAGGAAAAUGACUUUAUUUUUUAAAAGGAGUAAAAUAUUUUCCGAAUACUCUAAUAAAUUUAUUACAACUAUGUAAAUACACAUUUAUAUUAAUCCAUCUAUCACUGGUAUUCAACAUUAUCAAUCACAUUUAGUCAGUGUUCAGCGUUAUCGAUUGCAUUUAGUCACUGUCGACCAUCGACCACCAAUAUUGGUUACUGAUGACUACUACAAUUUAUUAUUUUUUUGUAUUUUUUCUCAUGUUUAACUUAUAAAUUUUUUAUGAUUCUAAAUAUUUUUAUAAUCUUAUAAAUGAUAAAUUUUGAUACUUUUUAACUGAUUUUCAAUAUUGGAAUCGAACGAUAUAAAAUAAAUUAUUAGGAAAAUAUUUUCCAAAGAUAAAUUAUUUUUUGGAGAAAAAACGAAUCCUUAUAUUUGCUAUCACUUUGCAUUUUGUGGAAUAAAAAAUGUUACUAUUUGAUGUACAUAGAGAUUUAGCAUGCUGCUCAUGGUACUGUGGACAAUUAAUUGAUUAAUUAAUUUUUUCAUUCAGAGUUGUCACGUUCAAAUUAGUUUUCUAUAUUUGAUUGCAAUUAGUUAUUUUUUUUCAUUCAGAGUUGUCACGUUCCAAUUAGUUUUCUAUAUUUGAUUGCAAUUAGUUUUUUUUUUUUUCAUUCAGAGUUGUCAAAUAUAAAUUGGUUUUCUAUAUUUGAUUGCAAUUAGUUAUUUUUUUCAUUCAGAGUUGUCAAGUAUAAAUUGGUUUUCUAUAUUUGACUGCAAUUAGUUAUUUUUUUCCAUUCAGAGUUGUCACGUUCAAAUUAGUUUUCUAUAUUUGAUUGCAAUUAGUUAUUUUUUUCGUUCAGAGUUGUCAAGUAUAAAUUGGUUUUCUAUAUUUGAUUGCAAUUAGUUGUUUUUUUCAUUCAGAGUUGUCAAGUAUAAAUUGGUUUUCUAUAUUUGAUUGCAAUUUUUUUUUUCCUAUUAUUUUUAUAAAAUUUGUAAGAAGUUGUAUACUUUUCAAUCGUAAGGUUGAUUUUUUUAAAUUUGGUUGUAAUGUUCCUCUAUUACUUCUGUAAGAAAUUUAAUAUUGUUCAAUUAGGUGACAAAUUAAAGGGGAGAGGAUGAGGGUGAGGGUGAUGUGCAAAUAUGGAAGUAAAUGAUCUUUACUUUGGAUGUUGGCAUUGGCUUGUUAGCUUAUGUUAAUUUACCAUUGAGUAUAAUUUGUGAUGGGAAUUUUAUUGAAAAGUGUAUAGAUUACUACCUCCGUUCCAUAAUA